AUGGCUUUGGCUUUCCCAUUACUGUGCCUCUUAAUUUUCCUACCCACAAUUUUCUCCACGGCCAACCCCAACAACUACUAUAACAAACCACCUCUCAACCUCAUUGACGCAUGCUGGCGGAGCAACCCCAAUUGGGCAGCCAACCGCCGCGCCCUUGCCGACUGCGCCGUGGGGUUCGGCAGCGACGCCAUAGGAGGCAAAUUCGGGUCAAUCUACGUCGUCACAGACCCAUCGGACGACCCAGAAUAUCCAGAACCCGGAACGCUGCGUUUUGGAGUGAUCCAACCGCAGCCAUUAUGGAUUGUAUUCGCAAGAGAUAUGGUGAUUACACUUAAAAGAGAAUUGAUGGUUAACAGCUUUAAGACCAUAGACGGGCGAGGGGCAAAAGUGGAAAUUAGCAAUGGCCCAUGUAUUACCAUCCAAAACGUGAGCCACGUCAUAAUCCACGGCAUUAGCAUCCAUGACUGUAAGCCGGCCAAGCCUGGGCGCGUGAGGAGCACCGUCACUCACUGUGGGGACCGCCAACAAUCGGACGGUGAUGCUAUUUCUAUAUUCAGUUCUUCUCAUAUCUGGAUCGACCAUUGCUCUUUGGCUCGAUGCACUGAUGGACUUAUUGACGUCAUCCAUGCGUCCACUGCCGUCACCAUCUCUAACAACUACUUCUCUCAACAUGAUAAAGUGAUCCUUCUUGGUCACAACGAUGAAUUUACAGAUGAUAGAAUCAUGAGAGUGACGGUAGCUUUCAAUCGUUUUGGAGCUGGGCUUGUUCAAAGAAUGCCCAGGGUGAGAUUUGGGUAUGCCCAUGUUGCGAAUAAUUGGUACAACAAGUGGGAAAUGUACGCAAUGGGUGGCAGUGCAGAUCCAACCAUCUUCAGCCAAGGAAACUACUUCAUGGCUCCUGAUGAUCCUUUCUCAAAGCAGGUUACAAAGAGAGAGGUUUAUGCGGGUGGAUGGAAGAAUUGGAAAUGGAGGUCUUCAAAUGAUGUGUUUAUGAAUGGGGCUUAUUUCAUCCAAACUGGGUGGGGAUCUUGUACGCCUUUCUACACUCGAGCUCAAGCAUUUCCUGUUGCUCAUGGCUCUUUCGCUCCUCUUUUGACUCAAACCGCUGGCACUUUGACUUGUGUUCUUGGCAAACCUUGUUGAUUAUAUUAUACACUUCCAAUAUCAGAUAUAUCAUCACCUUUUCUUUUUUUUC